AAGAACUUAUGAAUAUGUAGAAAUAUGGAUGAACAUAUGUCGAUCAAAAUUCAACGGAAUCCCGGUAAAAAAGAAAACAUUUACAGAAAUUUCGAGUAGCUAAGCGGGUCAAGAUCCAAGAUCCACAAAACAUCUGCGAGCCAAAUCCAAGGAGUAGCGUUGCGUUCGUCGUUUGACUGGAAGCUGGAGAUAAUUUUCACGAACAGAGCGAGCAGAAAUCGGAAGGGGCAAAAACUUCAGAAAAAAGGUGUUUGGAUUUGGAUUUGGAUUUGGAUGGUGAUUUUGACAUUAUAAUCGUACAGUUUCGUCUUCAUUCCCGAUCCCUUGCUCCACUGGAUCCCCAAGAACGGAUGCGACGGGACCUACUUUGAAGCUUCAUGUCGCAACCCGUUUCGAUUCCAACUACCGGAUCCGAUUUGGACGACCCCACCCUUCCCUGCUCCAACAAUGGUGUAGAGGAAGAGGACCCGUUGAUCUCACCUGUAGAUGGAGAGUUGUCCUCUGAUAGUAAUAAUGGUGAUUCUGGAUACUGGUUGAGUGGAGUCAAAUUCUUUGGUGUAGAUUUAACCCCUGAUAAUGUUGCUGUUGCAAUGGUGUAUUUUGUUCAAGGAGUUUUAGAACUUGCAAAGCUUGCUGUCAGUUUUUAUUUAAAAGAUGAUUUGCAUUUAGAUCCUGCUGAGUCAGCUGUAAUUUCUGGUUUCGCAGCAUUGCCAUGGCUGAUCAAACCCCUCUAUGGGUUUAUUAGUGACUCUGUUCCUCUUUUUGGUUACCGAAGAAGGUCAUACUUGAUUUUAUCAGGGCUUCUUGGUGCAUUCUCAUGGAGCUUUAUGGCCAUCCUUGUUAAUAGCAAGUAUGGUGCUGCUAUGUGUAUACUUCUCGGGUCUCUUUCUGUGGCGUUUUCUGAUGUUGUGGUAGACUCGAUGGUCGUAGAGAGGGCUCGUGGUGAAUCACCAAGUAUGUCCGGUUCUCUCCAGUCGCUAUGCUGGGGAUCAUCUGCUUUUGGUGGUAUUGUUAGUUCCUACUUUAGUGGCUCCCUGGUGGAUUCUUAUGGUGUAAGGUUUGUAUUUGGAGUAACAGCCUUGUUACCUUUGAUGACAGCAGCAGUUGCUGUUCUUGUUGAAGAAAAGCGUGUUUAUGCCUCAUUAAAUGAGCCUAAUCUUCCUAAAACUGGCUUGAGUUUUCUUGAAACCUCUAAACAGCACAUAUUUAAUAUAUGGACUGCUAUUAGACAGCCAAAUAUAUAUCUUCCCACACUAUUCCUUUUUCUGUGGCAGGCAACGCCACAAUCAGACUCGGCAAUGUUCUUCUUUGUCACAAAUAAACUCGGUUUCACCGCCGAGUUUCUUGGACGAGUUAAGCUGGUUACUUCUGUUGCAUCUUUGAUUGGUGUAGGAUUAUACAAUGGGUUUCUUAAAAAUGUUGCGUUGAGGAAAAUUUUUCUAAUCAUGUCAAUAGUUGGUUCAGCUCUUGGGAUGACACAGGUUCUUCUUAUUACUGGAUUGAAUCGAAAGUUCGGCAUAAGCGAUGGUUGGUUUACUAUUGGGGACUCUUUAAUCAUCACAGUUCUUGGUCAGGCUUCUUUCAUGCCGGUUCUGGUGCUAGCAGCAAGACUAUGUCCAGAGGGAAUGGAAGCCACACUUUUUGCAACACUCAUGUCAGUAUUCAAUGGAGGGAACCUUCUUGGAGGUCUGAUAGGCGCUGCUUUGACUCAACUCUUUGGUAUCACUAAAGAUACAUUUAACAAUUUAACCACUCUAGUAAUCAUAUGCAAUCUGAGCUCAUUGCUACCUUUGCCCCUCCUUGGCCUUCUUCCAGAGGAAACUCCUGAUCCCACCUCAAAACACAGCUCAGAUGUUGAAAUGAAACCAAUUUAAGUCUCAAAACAGUUCAUAGAUUGCCAAACUUUGCCUGCCGACCAGAUUGAAAUAGACUCUUGUGCAUAUAGACCUUUCCAUUUAUGCAUCAGCAAGGGACCCAAACAACCUCACAUGUGGUGGGGGGGCCCUGCUGUUUGCCACAUACUCUGAUUCCUGUCCCAACUUCAAGAACCAGAGAUUUUCCUUUUUAGUCGUCAAACCAGAAACAUGUCAAGUUGCUAAGGCAGCCACCAUUGAAUGCUACCACUAGGUUUUAUUGCAUGUUCUUAUUCUGCUGCUUUAGAUGUUUUUCUGUAAACAGCCUUAUUUUGUACUUUUAGAACAAAAAUUCAGAAACAGAUGUUCUGUUCUAUGUUUGAAAGUGUGCAAUGGCUUUAGAUUGAUCUUAUUUA